UCUCGGUUGCAACGACAAAAUCAUCAAGAAGUCUGCUUCACCCUCCCUCCCAAACCGUUUAGAACUUGUUUAGCUAAAUGUAGGGAGAGGAUCCAGCGGGUAGUUCUCCAAGGCCUGUCUUUCGCCGAAACUACCGCUGAAACAGGUCAUUCUCCCUAUUCAACUUCAGUAAAAGGUGUCUGUGGCACCAUGUCUGGGCUUCGAACGCCACACAUACCUAACCAUUGCUUCUGUACUCCUGAGACCUCAGGGCAGCAUUCAGCUGAUGCCUGACUCGGAACAGCCUACGCCACAAGUCCCAUUACACAUCCGACAUACUGGUUGCGGUCCAGCUCGAGGGCAAAUCGUCCCUCUGUGUCUUUUGAAUCACAUAUAGCUGCUUAUAGCAUAAACACAUCUGUCAGGGUUCCUGCAGCCGUCUCGUAAUCAUCUACAUGCACCGUAUGGCGUAACGACCAAAUCAUUGGGACUUACUUAUGCGGGUUCUCGCCUUCCCCUCCUUUGAUGUUGUCCUGGUUUCUUCGGCCCCAACCGCUACCAACUGAUGCUUUGAAAAUGACAAUCAACCUCUCAAUUGCGAUCGUGUGCUCAAUGUUAUGGCCCUAUCUAUCUAUGGCUGUGCCCGCUGAUCCUACAGUCACUUCACCAGCGAUACUUCCUAGGCAGGCCGAUUCCGAUUUCGUGGGGUGGCUGUCUUACGAUAACACAUGGUCAUCGGUCGCGUGCAAGUCAGGCCUAACAUGGUACCAGGAAGGAGACUACGCACAGUGCUGUCCAGACACAGAAACAAAAUGUAACGCACCAACAGCCUGCGCCGACGGAUCGCAAAUCUACCCUCUCGCAACGACCACUAUAACCACUGCUUGUGCGCUCAACUACAAAAACGAAGCCCUCUCAAUCUGCAACUCCGUCUUCAUAUACGAAAGCUUCGGCGACCCAAACCCAAAAACCGACAUCGUAUGCGGAAAGUCGUCAGUGAACUGGACCUACUACCGUCAAAUCCCCAGUACAGCAACUUCACAAUCCGACUCUCAAUCUCAGUCUUCAUCACCCACAUCUGCGCCCACCCAAACAGAAUCCCCAGACCCCCAAUCACAAGAGCAUCCUUCCAAGACCCCAAAAACAUGGAUCAUCGGCAUCGUGGUCGGACCACUCGCAGGGAUCUCUCUCGCCGUUGUCUUACUUUUCUGUCUCUUCCGUCGGAAUAGGCAGAGUCCUCAUCUCCCGCGCUCUGGGAGCGCGACAAUGGUGCCAUCUCAGAGAGAUGCAAAACCUCAUGGGAUGGCGCAGGGGACGCCGUAUGUUGGUCAUCAGGAUUCGUCGCCAACUGGUGGGGGCCAUACGUAUCAUCGCCAGUAGGUGGAUUUGUUAUGUAGGGAGUAUUGCGCGUAUAGGCUCUUUUGGCAGGUCUUGAACAUUCAGGGCGUAAAAGGAAGACAUGUAAGGAGUGGGUAUUGGUGAUACGUAUUAUGGUAUCAGGCUUAGGGCCAAGAUGUUCGUGGGAAUGAUAGCAAAUAGAUUUCGUAAUCCGAGUCUUUUU